UACAUGAAAUAUUUGGAAAUGGCGUUAACUCCUAGGAAAACAUAUGACACUAUAAAUGUAACAUAAGCCAACGUUCAUUAAUCACAUAUUGCUUUCAUAGUUACAAAUUUGAGAGAGAAAAAAACUUAAUUAAUCAAGUUAGCACUACAAUGGCUACCAUUGUUGUUCAUGGCCAAACAUCACCUGUUCAAGAUGCUGAAGCUCUCCACCUUGCUUUCAAAGGAUGGGGUGCUGAUAACAAGGCCAUUGUAGCAAUAUUGGGUCAUAGAAAUGUUCAUCAGAGGCAACAGAUUAGAAAGGCUUAUGAGGAGCUUUUCGAAGAGGAUCUCAUCAAACGUCUCGAGUCAGAGAUCUCUGGUGACUUUGAGAGAGCUGUGUAUCGGUGGAUGUUGGAACCUGCAGACCGUGAUGCUGUUUUGAUCAAUGUAGCAAUAAGAAAUGGAAGCAAAAACUAUCAUGUGGUUGCUGAAAUUGCUUCUGUGCUAUCAGCUAAAGAGCUUUUGGCAGUGAGGCACGCUUAUCAUAACCGCCACAAGCGCUCCAUCGAAGAAGAUGUGUCUGCUAACACCACCGGUCAUCUUCGUCAGCUUUUGGUUGGAUUAGUGAGCUCAUUUAGGUAUGAGGGAGAUGAGAUUAAUGCAAAAUUAGCACAAAUUGAAGCUAAUGUUAUUCAUGAAAGUGUCAAAGAAAAGAAAGGCAACAAUGAAGAAGAAGUCAUAAGGAUUCUUACUACAAGGAGCAAGACUCAACUUGUGGCAACUUUCAACCGCUAUAGAGAUGAACAUGGCAUCUCCAUUAGUAAGAAAUUGUUGGAUCAAACAUCUGAUGACUUCCACAAGACAUUGCACACAGCUAUUCGUUGCAUCAAUGACCAUAAGAAGUACUAUGAGAAGGUUUUACGCAAUGCGAUCAAAAAAUUUGGAACCGAUGAGGAUGGACUCACUCGCGUGAUUGUCACAAGGGCUGAGAAGGAUCUGAGGGACAUCAAAGAGCUUUACUACAAGAGAAACAGUGUUCAUCUUGAAGAUGCUGUGUCCAAAGAAAUCUCAGGGGACUACAAGAAGUUCAUCCUCACUCUUUUGGGAAAACAAGACUAAAGUACUUAUUGCUUUAAGGGCAUAUUAAUUAAUAAUGGGUUUGAAUUAUGUUGGCUUAUGAUUAUGUGUUUUCAUUAAGUUAAAUUAUCAAUAAAGUGGUUUUUGUUAA